CGGGCUUUCUCGACGACGACGACCUCAUAUCUCCAGGGACUACGACAACCCGUCUGGCUGUCUACCGAGCGUCCGAUUAGGCUGCGUGGAUCCUUGCAUGUACGUUGCGUGCUGUGACCGGAUUCAGCCAGGCGAUGAGCAGUGCUCGUCGUAUGGAUUCUCGCACUGCAAGUGAUGGCCAUGGGACAUGGGGAACAACGAACGCUCUUCCCGUUCUUCGGAAAGGAUUAUCCUGUGUCAUAUAACCAGCCGCCACAGCCCGCUAUUUCAGCCGAUACCAGGGAUGCUUCCACUCACUUAGAGGGUCUACCGAAUAUUGCUUUACCGGACGUGGAAUACACUGCGCCAUUCGAAGAUGACCCAAAUUCGGACCGGAGGAAGAGGAGGAAGACGGAGACCGCUGGUGGAGAGUUGCAGGGGCAUGGCACUCCAUUGAUUGACAUGUUCCACGAGCCAUCAGAACAAGAAGACCUAAUGAUGUUUGCCGGGGACGCUCCGUCUGAGACAAAGCCGCCAGAACAAAGGACUCUGAAACUCAACCCGAACGGAAAACUGUUGAGCUCGCCCGUUUCGAAGAAAGUGGGGGGAGACAAGGCACAGAAGAAAACAGGCAAACGUGGUAGACCUGCCACUGGGAAAUCUGCUGGCGAGAAAAAGUUGGUGGUUUUGAAGUACAAUAGCAGCGCGGAAGACCGGGGCAAGUUGAUCGACGAUAUCCUCCAUGGACGACAGAGACAUGUUGUUUCCAAACCAAGCUGUGUGCCUGUGUCCGCAGAGAAACAACCGCCGGUCAAGGCAACGCAUCCAUUUUUCAUCAAGAAAACCCUUGAUAAGCCAGCCUCAGAACUCGUUACUCAACGUGAUUCGUCUCGCCCCACCGAUCAGGAUUCGACGUCGUCUCAGCCGAUUGCUAAAUCAAGCCCUUUCAGCUCGUUCAGACCACGCCCUCGUUUUCCUGAACCCGUCGAAGCUCUUUGGCCACCGAAGGAACUCACAAAUGUCGAGGACGAAACCAGACAACCGGUGUUUGCUGCAUUUGAUCCUCUCGAGGUUGAUCAGAAGAAAGCAAAAGUGGCCGUUGUCCAGGUAGACGAUAAGGAGAAUGUGUUAUUAUCCCGUCUGGGUAAAACAAGGUUUCUGAGGCUGUCAUCGACUUCGCCCGAUACUGUCUCUCAAGUCCUGCGGAUACCCCAAAGACAUGUCGCCAGCGGACGGGUCCUAUGCCAAGCACUGCGCCAGCAGCUAUCAGAGGCUACUUCGAAUCUUUAUACAACAGAGGCUGUACUACCGAAGAAGAAGCACGCAGCUAUCAGAAAACUGGAGUGCUCUUUGGACACCUCGCUGAGUGCUUUUGACCGCGGCGAGUUCGAAUCGUCCUUGUGGAUACAAAAAUAUGCACCAAGCACUGCAGCCGAGGUUCUCCAAACUGGCCCGGAGGCACUGAUGUUGCGAGACUGGCUGAGCCAUCUCACGAUCUCGGCUGUCGAUAGAGGUAAACCCGCCACAGAUGGCGAUAAGGCCAAGUCAAAGGUGGAUGGUGGGAAACGGUCCAAGCGCCGUAAGAAGAGCGAUAAACUGGAUGGGUUCAUUGUUAACAGUGAUGAAGAGAACUCGGAGAUGGAUGAAGUUGAUGACCCCGAGGAAGACGAGCUGGCCGGUGGCGUCACCGUUUCGCUGAAAAGGACUGUCGUCCGGUCUGGAGACGUCUCCAUCAGCGCAGGCACAGCCGACAAAGGCCGUGUGUGUAAUACGAUAUUGCUGAGUGGUCCGUCUGGAUGCGGCAAAACGGCGUCUGUUUACGCAGCAGCCAAAGAAUUGGAUUUUGAGGUCUUUGAGAUCAACCCGGGAAGCCGGCGAAGCGCAAAAGAUAUCCUAGAGCGUGUGGGGGAUAUGACCCAAAAUCAUCUCGUGCAUCACGCGAAUCCAUUUGACGACACGGUCAACAGUCAGCAGCUAGAGAAACAGGACAAGAUGACGGGCUUCUUCAAAUCGAAAAUGGGUCGCAAGAACCCAGAACCUGAAAAUGAUCCAAAGAAGUCUCGCAGUCAGAAGCAGUCCCUGAUCCUGUUUGAAGAGGCAGACAUUCUCUUCGACGAAGACCGACAGUUCUGGUCAUGUAUUCUGGGCCUCGUCACUCAAUCGCGACGGCCGAUUAUCAUUACCUGCAACGACGAGAGUCUCAUUCCUUUGGAAGACAUCUCGUUCCACGCAAUCCUGCGAUUCCGGCCCCCUCCUGCCGACUUGGCGAUCGACUGUUUGCUUCUUGUCGCUGCACAUGAGGGUCAUAUGCUCACACGAGACGCGGUUCGUGAGCUGUAUAGUGGCUCAAACCGUGAUUUCCGAAAAUCAAUGAUGGAUCUGAACUAUUGGUGCCAAAUAGGCGUUGGCAGUCAGAAAUCCGGACUAGACUGGAUCGUUGAUCGGUGGCCUCGCGGCUCUGACGUGGAUCAACAUGGCGACCCUCUCCGUGCGAUCAGCUUGCGUACGUACCAACGGUUCAUGGGAUGGUUCAAUCGUGAUAUCACGCUCGGGGCGGCGGCUUUCGAAGGUGAAGAGGAGUACAUCCAGGAUUCUCUUCGUCUGUGGCAGCUCAGCGUACAGGACUCGGAAUUGCUGGCACCCUCGAGGGAGCGGGAAGCAUCCAUGCAAUCAAGAUAUUUCCAGGCGAAAUCGCCCCUAGAACGACUUGACGUCCUAUCUGAUGAAUUGCUCCAUGCAGAUCUUCGAAGUGACUUGGACAUUCUUGGUUCGCGCUGCUCUCUGGAACAGAACAAGGAUGCGGUCGAUUUCUCAGCCCCUCCGCUGAAGGAGGGCUACAAGGCCAACUUUGUCGAGGGAUACACAUUACUCCAUACGGAUCUCCAGCCGGACUACUCUCAGACGGCGGUAUCCAUCAGCACGGCGUUUGGUGGAUUGAUCAGUACAGCCUUCCGACAUCCUCGAACCGACGACGACCGCGAAGAGCCACACGCCGCACGGGUUCUCAUGAAGGCUGCCAUGUCUCAGUCCGUAGAUCGGUCAAAGGCAGACUUUCUGAACGCCCUGGAGCCGUUGGCGCACGCCGACCAUCUCGGCCCUCUUCCAGCGGGGCGCAUCGUCCCGUCCUUUGCCAGCGGCAUGACGGCACUCUGUGAAGACUUGGCACCCUAUAUCCGCUCCAUCAUGGCCUUUGAUCUUCGCCUAGAGCAGUAUCGACUGCAGCUCAGCGGCCUGCUCUCCCAGGGCUCCGCAGGGACCAAGCGGAUGCGGAAGACACGCGCCAGCCGGGCUGCCCUAGAGGGAGGCGACAAGGCUUUUACGCGCAAGGAACGAUGGUUCCCUACGGACGCGAACCCGGCCCAGAUCCUGGCCACGGGCGGCCACGUCUGGCAGGAGGUACUGGUCCAGCUGGGCCACUUCACCGUGGCCCCGAUCCCGGAAUCGAGCAAUGGACUGGGUGACGAUACCUCUGAAGCGUCUCAUGGCGAGCUCCCUGUUGGUCCGUUGAUGGUGGUAUCUGCUCAAGCCCCCCGUCAUCCUCUGCCCAGCCUCUCUCUCGCUGCCGACACACAUCGAAUUCGCCGGAAUCGAAGCGCCAUGUCCCUGUUUGGGACUUCGCCCGACGAGUCCGGGAUGACUCAGUCUGGACAGAAGAGCAAAUUGUCGCUUUUCGCCGACGAUCCGAACCCGAGCUCGUCGCUCUUCGCGGACGACGAUGAUGACAACCACCACGGCGGCGACGAUCACCACUCGCCAUGGACUGGAAACGGGACGGUGAAGAAGGCUGCGCGACACGAGCUGGUCAAGACCCUGCUGCCGGCUUCGCAGGUGCCGGAGAGCUACAUCGACGCCUACGACGCGAUCCUCAACUCCGGGGACCGCGUCGGGCCGGGCAUUGGUCUGACCUCCAUCAAGGAGGUGUUAUCGGGAAGCGGGAUCAGCGCGGCGGACCAAGCAAAGAUCCUGGAUCUGGUGGUUCCGACUAAUAAUACGGGGGGGUUGGGUCGCGGCGAGUUUAACGUCUUGCUGGCGUUGAUCGGACUGGCGCAGCAGGAUGAGGAGCUUACCUUGGACGCAGUCGAUGACCAUCGCAGAAAACUUCCCGAGCCGAAAUCUACAUAUAUUGAUCGAUUGAAAGAAGGGGGCGAGAACCAGCGGCCAGCCACACCUCCGGUGGCUCCAGUACAAGAGCCUGCCUCGGUUCGCUCCCAGCGGUCCAGACGGGAUUCCUUGGGGGGAUUCGAGCAAGAUCCGUGGGGAAGUCCGCAGUUGCAUCGCGGCCAUAGUCAUACGCAGCAGGAGCAAGACAACGCGGCGCAGCCGGCACUGAACGGGUAUGGGACUACGCGAUCGGCCACAAAUGCAUGGAACAGCCACACCAACACCAUCGCCAAGAAGAACCAGGGCAUUACCAUCAAGUCGGAUGACGAGGCGACCUUAACCAACACAUAUAACGGAGACGGAGACGGAGAGUAUAUCGACAGCCGCGCGGAGGCUGGAGGGGUCCCCAGCAGCGUGGGAUCUGGAUGGGGGAGUUAUAACCCGUCUUCCUCCCCUGCUGCUGCAGCAGCUGCGGCGUCUUCUGCAGCUGGGUUCGGACCGGCGACGGGGUUUGGACCACCCGCCGAGGAGGAGCAACCGGCGGCGGGCUUUCAGGCGCGGCCGCUGGGCAUCAUCCGGGCCGUGGGACCGCAGGUGGAAGAGGUGGUGACGGUGACGCUGCUCCCGGAGAAAGAAGGGAUGUUCAUGUUCCAGCACCGCAACUACGAAGUGAAAUCGGCGCGGCGCGGCAGCACCGUUGUGCGUCGCUACAGUGAUUUCGUCUGGCUGCUCGACUGCCUGCAGAAACGGUUUCCCUUCCGACAGCUGCCGUUGCUGCCCCCGAAGCGAGUUGCAGUCAAUGGCACUCACCUUUCAGCGGAUUCCACGUCUUUUCUCGAGAAACGCCGUCGCGGCCUUGUCCGGUUUGUCAAUGCUCUGGUGCGCCAUCCUGUGCUUAGCCAGGAGCAGCUAGUGGUCAUGUUCUUGACCGUGCCGACGGAACUCUCUGUGUGGCGUAAACAGGCGACGAUUUCGGUGCAAGAUGAGUUCAGCGGGCGGGCACUGCCACCCGACCUGGAGGACUCGCUCCCCGGUGACCUGACGGAGACGUUUGACACGGUACGGAGCGGGGUGAAGCGAUCGGCGGAGAUCUAUAUCAACCUAUGCACGCUGCUGGAGCGGUUGGCGAAGCGCAACGAAGGAUUGGCGGCGGACCACCUGCGGUUCUCGCUGGCGCUGCAGUCGCUCACGACGGUGACACCGAGCACGUACGCGGUGGACACGAACGACAUCGCGCUGCUGAACGAGGGGAUCCACGCGACGGCACGGCACCUGUCGACGAGCCAGAGCCUGCUGGAGGACGAGGCGCGGGCGUGGCAUGACGGGGUGCUGGAGGACCUCAAGCGCCAACGCGACUGUCUGGUCAGCAUGCGCGAGCUGUUUGACCGGCGGGACCGGUACGCGCGACACAACAUCCCGCAGCUGGAGCGGCGGAUCGAGAGCAACAAGACCAAGUUGGAGGAUCUGCGUGCGCGACCGCAGGGAACGGCCAAGCCUGGCGAGAUGGAGAAGCUCGAAGAUGCUAUUUUUAAAGACAACGAGUCGAUUGUGCAGCAACAUACUCGCGGCGUGUUCAUCAAAGAGUGCAUCCGGGACGAGCUGCUGCAUUUCCAGCAGAGCCAGUACCACAUCAGUCGGCUGCACCAGGACUGGAGCCAGGAGCGGGUCAAAUAUUCGGAGCUGCAGGCGGACAAUUGGCGAUCGCUCAGCGAAGAGGUGGAAGGCAUGCCGAUGGGGGAGUAGCACUCCUCUUCCUAUAGUAGGUUCAGGCUCUUCUGUCUGAACCUCUUACAUACGGAGUAGUCGUACUACAGUUCCUUUUUGAAGAUGCGCCGCAUGCGAUGGGAUUCCUUCGGGGACUAUUACCGACUGUCUCGGGGAUUGCAUGGACUGCAUUACUGCGCAUGUUGGGACGCAUUGGUGGAGACCUUUUUUUUUUUUUUUCUUUUUUUUUUCUUUUUUUUUUCUGUUCCUUGUUUUGCUUUCUUUUGCUUUUU